UCGCCAGAAGGUCCGGUNUCUCCCUCGGCGUCUGACUGUGCGCUCAGUCCAGCACCAUGGGGAAACGGGACAACCGGGUGGCCUACAUGAACCCAAUAGCAAUGGCCAGAUCAAGGGGUCCAGUCCAGUCUUCAGGGCCAACGAUCCAAGAUUAUCUGAAUCGACCAAGGCCUACCUGGGAAGAAGUGAAAGAACAACUAGAAAAGAAAAAGAAAGGCUCCAAGGCAUUGGCUGAAUUUGAAGAAAAAAUGAAUGAGAACUGGAAGAAAGAACUAGAAAAACACAGGGAGAAAUUAUUAAGUGGAAGUGAGAGCUCCUCCAAAAAAAGACAGAGAAAGAAAAAAGAAAAGAAGAAAUCUGGUAGGUAUUCAUCUUCUUCUUCAUCAAGCUCUGAUUCUUCCAGCAGUUCUUCAGAUUCUGAAGACGAGGAUAAGAAACAAGGAAAAAGAAAAAAGAAAAAGAAGAACCGUUCGCAUAAGUCUUCUGAGAGCUCCAUGUCAGAGACGGAAUCAGACAGCAAGGAUAGUUUAAAAAAGAAAAAGAAGUCAAAGGAUGCAAGUGAGAAAGAAAAGGACAUUAAAGGACUCGGCAAAAAGAGAAAGAUGUAUCCUGAAGAUAAACCUUUAUCAUCUGAGUCCUUAUCAGAGUCAGAUUAUAUUGAGGAGGUACGAGCAAAAAAGAAGAAAAGCAGUGAAGACAGAGAAAAAGCAACAGAAAAAUCAAAAAAGAAAAAGAAGCAUAAGAAGCACAGUAAGAAAAAGAAAAAGAAGGCUGCUAGUUCCAGUCCUGGCUCACCGUGACGUUGGGAACCAGGACUCCCUUACAAAGAAGUGCAAUGUCGGAGGAGAUCUCAACUGUGAAAAUAAUAGCAUCUUUACUAAAAUGCAUGACUUCUGUUGUUUCUAGAAUUAUUCCUGACCUGUUCAGUAGCCACUCAGAGCUGCUGUGUGAAAGGGCCGUAACAGUUGCCUGCUGCUUGAACAUCUGUCUUUUUCUCUUCCAUUGCUUACUAACUGGGAGAUAAUACACUGCAGUUGUACUGGUGGCUGACAUUUGGGAAUAAAGUUAAUAUUUUUGACUAGAAGUACCUGAUGAUAAACCAACAGAAAUUGAGUCUGGAUACAUCAUUAAUAUGUAAGCAGAAAUGACCAGAUGACUCUAAUGUUUUUGAAGUAGGGAUUACAUUGAUAUUUCAAAAUCCUUACUCUGUAGAUAGUGUAUUUUAAUUUUUUCCCCUUGUAUACUUUUAUUUACCUGGGAAAGGAGCUUUUAAGGGUGGGGGUGGUUUGCUAUUUCUUUAGCUAGCAAAAUAGCGUGCCUUUUAUCCUCACACCCUGUUUUUGUGGACACAGUAGCCAUGCUUCAUGGAGAGGUCAGAGCUGGGUACGACAGUCUUACAUUUUCCUGAGUUAGUAACAUCCUUGGACUCUGUCGUAUGCUUCUGUGAGUGAACCAGAGAAACAGCCUUUUGCAACACGAGAAAGCCCCAGAAGCUCUGGGAUUUACCUCCACUUCGAUAAUACUGAAUGAUUUUUAGCAUUAGAAUGUGUUGUAACAUUUGAAUUAAUUUUGACUACAGUUUGGCUUUGGGAAGGAGUCAUUUCCAGUAGACACUGGUACUUUUUGAACUUGAUAGCUAAAGAUUCUAAAAUGCAUGUUUUAUACUGUUAAGUUUUAACCAGUCAGGAAAAUUUUAUGUAACCAGUGAUAGCUAUUUUUUGUAUGAAUUUUGUUAGGCUGUAAUGUUUAGCCUUUAUUAACUUUUUAUUCUUGCUAUCUUAAAUUCCUUACUGCAUUAAUGGCGUUCUUGCCAAAAUAUUUAGCAUGUGAAAAGCAGGUUUUUGGUUUGGUUUGUUUGUAACAGCUUCAUAUUGAAGCUGAAACCAUAUACAAGUUGAGUGGCAGGCCUGGUAUGCUCUGUCUUGUUACAUAAAGCUCUUGCCAGAAUCUUAGUAAAUAUGUUUUAAAAGUUUGUCUUUGUAUAUUCAUAAAAAAUAUGACAAGUUAAACUUAACUGAGAAUUA